AUGUCGGCCACGCUCUCAAGCACAGAACAAAAGGUCUACAACAAGGUCAUGGCCUCGAAGAAGAAGGCCAUGACCUUGGUCCAAAUUGAGGCUGCAAUUCCGGGCCUGUCCAAGAAGGAGAUGAACACCUCGAUCAACAACAUUCUUAGGCUGAAACUGUUCACCGCGACAAAGAACAAGGACGACGUGCUCAUCUUCCAUGCCGUUGCUGUUGAGGAUGCCAAGAGGCAGAACACGCUCACAGAAGAGCAGCAGUUCGUCCUCAGCAUUGUCGAGAAGGCGGGAAACAAGGGUAUCGGGAAGACCACCAUCGCGAACCAGGUCAGCGCCGAGCUCAUGGCGAGGUCGCAGGUCUUCAAGUCACUGGAGGCGCUGGAGAAGAGCGGGUUGAUCAAGACGUUCAAGAGUGUCAACGCUCCCACGAUGCCCCUUUACAUCCUGGCUCAUCUGAAGCCUCCUGAGGAUAUCGCUGGUGGUGUCUGGUUCGACGAGAGCAAAGAAUACGACUCUGUGUUUGUCGACUCGCUCCGCAUGGUCGUUUUCAACUAUGUCCAGCACAAGAAGAAGGAUGCCAUCUCGAGCUUGUGCCCCAACCCAAUCAACCCCGUCUCCAAGACUCCCGCCCUCCCUAGCCCGCAAGACCUCCUCCGCCACAUUCUCAUGAACAAGGUCACCUCGGCCAAGCUCACUGUCAAGAACGUCAUGGAAAUUGCUCGUGCUCUUGAACUGGACGGCCUUAUCGAGGCGAUCAAGCCCGUCGGCGGUGUCUCAGUGACUCCCAUGGACGAAAACUCGGACUCGGACGGCGAACCCGUUCACAAGCGCAGCAAGAAGCGCGCCGCGCACUCGGACGACGACCUGGAGCCUGCUGAGCGUGACAGGCGCGAACGCAAGAACAGGGAGAAGCUCAAGGCUAAGAUGGAGGAGCAGAAGCGGGAACGGCGCCGCAGGGAGCGUGCGAGGGACAAGGAGAAGGAGAAGGAGAGGCGGAAGAAGGAGAAGGAAAAGGAGAAGAAGCGUAAGGCGAAGGAGAAGAAGCGCAAGGAGAAGGAGAGGCGCAAGAAGAAGGAGAAGGAGAAGAAGAAGAGCCGCCUCGACAGUGAUGACGACUCGGACGACUCGGACGACCUCCGCGAGAUUGGCGACGACAAGCCCAAGCGCAAGCGCCGCGCCGUUGCGUCGUCUGACGACUCGGACAACUCCUCUGCCUCUUCUUCCGACUCUGAUUCCGACUCGGACUCGUCCAGCUCGUCCUCUGACGACGAUUCGGACGUGUCUUCCGUCAUGUCCGACGAUAUUGACGGCGGUGACUUUACCCUCAAGUCCAAAUCUGGUGGCAUGGCCACUAUGGGCAUCUCGUCCAACCCGUUCUUCUCCGCCGACGGCCGCCAGACCCUCAUCGACCUCUCGGACCAGGCGGUGGUCUACCGUGCGACCCGUCGCCUACACAUCCCUCUGGGUGAGAUGCAGGCUCCCUGCGGUACCUGCCCGCAAUUCAAUUUCUGCGAGGAGGACGGUCCGGUCAACCCGGCAGGAUGCUCGUACUUUUCGGACUGGCUUUCCGGCGUCAGCGGUGGCUGGACGGCAGAUGUCAAGGCCGAAAAGGCCAAGAAGGCUGCCGAGGAGGAGAAGGCUCGUCGCAUCGCCGCGGCUGAGGCUAGUGGCGAGACGCUCGUCGAGGAGCCCGAGGGCGACGACGAGGACGCCGCCGAUGAGGACGACGGCGCGGGAGAGUAUGACGACGGCGAGGCCCAGGCCACGGAUUGGUAG